AUGCUGGGGCACGCGUCGGAGCUGGACCACGAAGCACCACCACCCACCCACAGGAGCGAGAUCCGCUUCUGCCCCAUCACCUUCAUCGUAUGCAUCACCGUGUUUCUUCGUCGCGUCCAUCAUCGUGGCUGCGUGCGGCCGGACUCCUGGGAUGCGCGCAUGAUCGACGGCAUGUCGCGACGCUUCACCUCAUCCUCAUGCUGCUGGCCGUUUCUCCUCUCCGCGGCGCAGUCCACCAUGCACGGGCUGCGUACCUGUGCUCCCUGGUGGUGCUCAUUGUUGUGGCUGCCUCCCACGAGUACUCUGACUGGUGGUGGUGGUGGCGACCUCUUCUUGGGGACCGGCAUUCUCCCUCUUCACCUUUGUGUCGCUCGGGCGUACAUCGAACACCUCGCCAAAGGCAACAUCUCCAGCCGGAUGAAGGAAGGUACAGUCAAAGGCAAUCGCAUGGAGGAGCGAAUUGACACCGAGCUCGUGCAGCGCGGCGCCAACCUGAAGGAUGCCGGUGAAAUGGACGAGGCCAUGAUCACGGGGCGAAUCAAUUCCUGUCUCGUCUCCAAAGGCGUUAUUGUCGUAUGGGCGGCACCAUGGUGCAUGGUCUUCGAGGCCACGCAUGUUGGCAGUGUGUCAAGGGCGCCCAUCCAGCAGGUACAAGCUGGCGGGGCGCUUUGUGUCAAGCAUCAUGUUGCUGUUGGUGUGUGGGUUGCGCUGCUGACCUCGGGUGCCGCUGACACAUUCGUCCGACGAAGGCGAUUGUGGCACACGUCGGCGCUGUCUCUUGCAACGGACUUCAAGACGGUCUCUGGUCGGAGCACCUCAGCAAUCGUAGACAGCAAGCCCAUUGUCAUUGGCAUGCACAUCGUGGUAUUGGCAAUCCAACGCCAUCAGCGGCAAAUAGCGGCAGACAAUGCACGAAGGCGACGAGACGCGUGGCUACACGGUUGGUGGGUGCUCGGCAGACGGCAAGCUUUUGCCUGGGCUACUUUGGUCUCGCUGACACGUGCAAGCCCUCGAGGCGAAGAGAGCGGUGCGCCUGCUGCAUCAGCUCGGCUUGCGCCUGGUCAUGCUCACACGGGCGACAACAAGGGCACUGCGCGGUCCAUUGGGGGCAGAGGUUGGCAUCGACAACGUGUUCGCAGCAGCGUGCAGGAGAUGGAGGCGAAAGGGCGACGUGGUGGCGAUGGUUGGCGACGGCAUCAACAUCGAGUCAGCGGACGUCGUUAUAAUGAUCAAGGACAACCUGCUUGCUGGAGCCAUCCACUGGUCGUGGCAAGUGGCCACCUGUCCAGCAACCCCAACGAUGAGUGCACACGAUCCGCCAAAGUCACCAGCGUCCACGUCUCGGAGAUCCAAUCCAUUGCAACAGCCACCACUUCGUCACCUUAUCUUGUGGUCCUGUGGCAUCAUUUUGGCGAGGGCCAUGGCUUCAUCGGCACCAUCAGCGUGUCUGCGAGCGGAGACCAGCACCUGCUUGUGAGGGAGGCCUGUGUUUUGGGCUGUGUACAGCCUGACCUCCUCCUUCUCCUACUCGUCGCGCGUGUCCCUGAUCCACAGCCUCUUGCAGCAGGACACUCGUGCUCGCUGCCGGUUACGGUGGUGCACAGUGUUUGGGACUUGGACAAGCCCUUGUCGUGCGGCCUUGAAGUCCCCGUUUGGUGGCCAGCACAAUCGAUCAGAGGCAACAGCGGGGGUGUGUACCAGCCCUGCGAUGGUGAGCGCGUCCUGACCACGUACACCCUGGAGCAGUGGAACAUGACAAGUGUUGCCAUUGUGCUGUGGAGCAUGCGAGGCUGGCAGCCCAUCAUUCAGCACCACGCCGGCCAGUGCAAGCUUCGAGUCAGCCGCAUCAACACGCGACGCAAAGCACGUUCUCCUGUAUGGCCGAGCUUCGCGGUGCCGGCUGCGUAUUGUGUGCUCAGCUUCAACAAGGUCAACACAACGGCCGUCGCAAUUUGCCCUGUUGGCCAUCUAGGUUGAUCCAAGGCGCGAUGCUUGGUGCCGUUGCCUUUGUCACCCACCACGUCGAGGCUGUGCCCUGAGCUGCCAAUCACCUCCCGUCGAAUUGACGUGGGCAGCGUUGCUAAGCUGC